CGCGCGCGCACCAGAGAGUUUACUCGAGUGGGAUUCUGGCGUCAGCCCUUCUUCUCUUCCUCUCUUCUCUCUCAGCCGGGUGUAUCUUUCUGCUCUCCGAGCUUCAUCUGACUGCUGCUACUCAGCGAUCUUCUUCCGCAGAAUAAAUAUCCAAGACUGACAAAAUGGCCGGCAAAGGAACCGUCAAAGCCAGUCUAAACUUCAAUGCCACUACAGAUGCUGAGGUUCUGUACAAGGCCAUGAAGGGGCUGGGGACCGAUGAGGAUGCCAUCUUGCAGCUGUUGGUGGCUCGCAGCAACGCCCAGAGGCAGCAGAUCAAGACCGCCUACAAAACUCUAUUUGGAAAGGAUCUGAUAGAUGACCUGAAGGGAGAGCUGGGGGGCAAAUUUGAGACCCUGAUUGUGGGACUGAUGACCGCCCCCCUCGCUUAUGACGUGUCGUCGCUCCGCAACGCCAUCAAGGGCGCAGGAACCGACGAGAAGGUCCUCGUGGAGAUCCUCGCCUCCAGAACACCUCAGCAGGUGAAGGAAAUCGUCGCUGCUUAUAGAAAAGAGUAUGAUGACGACCUGGAGGAAGAUAUAUCUGGUGACACCUCAGGUCACUUCAAGAGACUUCUGGUUAUUCUGCUGCAGGCGAACAGGCAGAAGGGGAUCCAGGGGGGAAACGUAGAAAGUGACGCUCAGGUCCUCUUCAAGGCUGGAGAGCAGAAGUUCGGCACUGAUGAACAAACGUUUGUCACCAUCCUGGGAAACCGGAGUGCAGAACAUCUUCGGAAAGUAUUCGAUGCCUACAUGAAGUUGGCUGGAUACGAGAUGGAGGAGAGCAUCAAGAGGGAAACCUCCGGAGGCCUGAGAGAUCUGCUUCUGGCCGUCGUGAAGUGUGCCAGGAGCGUUCCAUCCUACUUUGCUGAGACUCUGUACUAUGCGAUGAAGGGUGCAGGAACUGAUGAUAACACCCUGAUCAGAGUGAUGGUGACGCGCAGUGAGGUGGACUUGUUGGACAUCAGAACUGAGUUCAGGAAGUUGUUUGCCUGCUCUCUGUUUUCCAUGAUCAAGGGAGAUACCGGCGGCGACUUCCGAAAGGCCCUUCUAUUGCUCUGUGGUGGAGAUGAUGCGUAACCGGGGCCACAAGCUAUGAAACAGGAACCACACCUGAAGUGCCUCUUCUCUAAGUCUGUCUUUUAUUCUUUUGGGCCGUCGACUCACUGAAACAAGAAAAUAACACACAGUCCAAAACAACAAAACAUUGUUGUGCGUGAGAGACGGCCCAUCAGGUCUUUUUUAAACUCCAAAUAUUGUCUUUGAAAGGUAGCUAACACUUAAUGCAGCUUUUGGCCGACUAACAUCUUCAAUAUGACAAAUAUUAUAUCAUUCAUUUGUAGUGUGAAAGCAUGAGACUACAAUUGUUUUGUUUGCACUUUGUAUGGCAGAAACAAUAUAUGCAAUAAUAAACAUUUCAACUGAUGAAGUACAA